AUAGUAAUCCAGUCACAUAAAGUGACACUUGUCGAUAAACUCGAGUGACAGAGCCAAGUCGAGUGAAAUUUUUGGUCGACAGUGACUCCAGUCGAGACGCUCAUUCCUUCCUCCUGCACUAAAAUAACAUGGAGCGCAUUACCAACUACGCAAAAACAAACCGCUCCCGGGAAAUGUUCUGCAAACACAGAUUUUGCAACAUCAAAAAUUCCUUAAAAGCCAAUGUUGGAGAAGGCAAAGGUCUCUUUUCGGAACAAAGUUAUAAGUUUUGUGCGACGCGAGUGGUCCCAAGUUGCUGCGGUUGUGAUUGUGCCGAUGAAUCAGCCCUGGAAUCUAGUGGGAACGUAUCGAAGGAACUGCAUACCACCCCUAGACCCUUCGCGACGAAAGGCCGUUAGCUACCCCUCGCCCGUCAAGAAGUGCGCCCGGUACCCAGCUCGAGAGUCGACAUCGAACCCGUACGUGGUUCAGCGACAGGUCAUCACGGAGUGUCCGAACUGCGAUUCGCCCGACAAACCGACCAACCGGCGACCGACAAAUGACCGCCAACCGGCGCCAGGUGAUGAAAAGUGCAAAUCCUUCCAAAUAACCCUAUUUCCCUUUCCUUAAGAAACCUAAUAAACCUAACAAAUGAAUUCGAAUUUUA